AUGUCUUUCCGCCUCUUCCUCGGCGUCCUUGGUGUCGCAUUGGCCCCGCUACUGUCAAUGUUUACCAUAUUCAUCGCGCCGAACAGUAUCAGAGUGCUCUUUUGGAUCUUCGGCGGAUUUUGUUGGUUAGUCUCUUUACUCGUGGGCUCCUUGUUCUGGAUAAUCUGGUAUUCUGCGACGCCUUCGGGCUCCGCUCUACAAGAUGAUUUAACAUUCGCCGCCUUAAUAUCAGUCUUCGUCCAGGAGGGUUUCCGACUUUUGAGUCUUUGGGGCCUAGCAAAUGCAGUUCAACGGCUCGAGUCAAUAAACAUCCGAGGAAGCGCGAGGUCGGGCAUGUCGGGAUCAUCUGGGCAAUUCGUACUCGGACUUGGCUUCGGCACUAUUUCUUGUCUCUUUCACUCAAUGAAUGUAAUGGCUGCGGCUCUUGGACCAGGCAGUCCGGGUCUUGAGAUCGAUGGUGUCUCCCAUGGAAGUCCAUCUUUUUAUAUAACUGGUGCGUUUUUAUCAGCUGCACUUACAUUCAAUCACUGUUCCUGGACAGUCAUUCUUGGCUCAAGUUUGAAUAAAGGCCUAAAAAACUCUUGGCAUCUGCCGGUCUUCGUUGUUAUCGCUCAUUUAUUAACAACUGGGACGUCACUCUUCAACGACCAAGGUUCUAUAUGGCCCUGUAUGAUUUCCUCUUGGGUAGUGGUCAUCGCCUCUGGCGCAUUUGCUUUCCGUGAAGCUGGUCUCAAGGGCUUGGCGUCAGCAGCAGAUUUUCACAAUUAA